AUGUGGCUGGAAAGAACAAAAUGGAUGUUAGCUAACAUCGGAUGGCCAAUUGCCUUCACAUUUUGGUGUCAAGUAAUGGUUGUACUUUAUGCUGCAAACGGAGAAAUCAGUCAAUUAGCUCUCUAUUAUUUUCAAUUCCUUUGGAUUAUUAUUGUCUGUUCCUACUUUUCCGCUUCUUUCACCCCACCGGAAAGGUGUAGUUUAGUGGAUGAUGAUGAUAAAAAAUCGAGCCUGGAAGGUUUCUGUGAGCAGUGUAACUACCGUAAGCCACCGCGUUGGCAUCACUGUCGCAGAUGCAAUCAAUGUGUUCAUAGAAUGGAUCAUCAUUGUCCAAUCUUACAGUUGUGCAUUCACAGUGGCAACCACAAAUACUUUCUACUUUUUCUUCUCUGGCCCUUACAGAUGGCUAUUUUUACUGUGUAUAACGGAUAUUACGACUUCUGGAAGACCAUAAAAAGUGCUUACACUGGAGAGAUAUUAAGCAACACAGAGCAGUUAAAAGGAACCGGAGUUUCGAAUGCUGUGAUGGUUGGAUUUGCAGCACUUUAUCUUCUGAAAAAUCAACUCCCGAAUCUUCUUCGAAAUCAGACACUUAUUGAGGAAUCUCGAGAGACAACGACUUAUGAUCUAGGAUCGUGGCAAGAAAAUGUGAAAUCUGUUAUGGGUUCAUGGAGGAUUGCUUGGUUACCGAUUUCGAUGGAAGUUGAGAACGAGUCGAAACGAAAAUGA